AUGGCGUGGCAGCCGGAACAAGAGGCUUUGAAGCAAUUGUCAGGAUGCUUGAAAGACUCGUUAGGUGGGCAUGACAAGAAUGCUCAGAAGCAGGCAGAGAUUAUGCUGUCCCAAGCAAAAUCUUCUCCCGAUAUCAAUAAUUACCUUACCUACUUAUUUUCUCACUCGGAGGUUCCCUCGGGCUUAACUUAUACUCCAAAUGAAUACUUCGCGAUUCGAUCAGCAGCAGCCAUGAUGUUGAAGAAUAACGUUAGAUCCGGAUACAAAUCAAUACCCCUUGAGAGUUUAGCUCUUAUACAAUCCUCGGUUCCAUUGGCACUCCAGGACAAAACCCCAACUAUACGAAAUUUGGCAGGAAAUGUGAUAACAGAAAUUGUUAGUAAGGGAGGUAUAUUAGGGUGGCCACAGAUAUUACCAGAUUUGCUGGCUCUGAUUGGGAACAAUGAUAGCACAAUUUCACCAGAAGCACAGGAAGGAGCCAUGGCAGCUCUGUCGAAGAUCUGUGAAGAUAAUCGAAAGAUGCUGGAUAAGGAGUAUCAAGGGCAGCGACCCCUUGCUUUCAUUAUUCCGAAACUGAUCGAGUUCGCUACGAAUGAGAAGCCAAGAAUCAGAACUUUGGCUUUGACCAGUUUAAAUAUCUUCAUUUCACACAAACCCCAAGCUUUACUUGUUUCUCUGGAUGAUCUCCUCAACCGCCUUUUUCAGCUCGCCAGCGACCCCUCAAAUGAAGUUCGACGACAGGUCUGCCGAGCUUUUGUCCAAAUUGUGGAGAUUCGACCUGAUAAGAUCCUUCCCCAUAUCAGCGGCCUGGUCGAUUACAUGAUAGCACAGCAACGAAAAACUGACGACGAGGAAUUAGCAUGCGACGCUGCCGAGUUCUGGCUUACAGUUGGGGAACACGCUGAGAUAUGGGAGUCUCUAGGUCCAUAUCUUAACAAAAUUAUCCCCGUGCUCCUUGAGAGUAUGGUAUAUAGUGAGGAGGAUAUUGCCAUGCUUGAAGGAGGAGGCGAUGAUGCCGACAUCGAGGACCGCGCUGAGGACAUUAAACCUAAAUUCGCGAAAAACAAGGCUGCCAGGAUGCAAGCGAAUGGCGACAAUAUUGGAGCGGCAAACGGUGGUGAUUACGCCAAACUCGCAGGCAUGGACGAUGAUGAGGAUGAUGACGAUGAUGACCUUGAUGAAGGAGAAAUAGAGGACGACGAUGACGAUGAGCCUCCCGAAGAUAGAUGGAAUUUAAGAAAGUGUUCAGCUGCAGCACUUGAUGUUUUCGCAACCGAUUUCCGCGGACCAGUCUUCACCACGAUCCUUCCAUAUUUGAUGACCAACCUACGACACCAGGAAUGGCCAUCUCGAGAAGCAGCGGUUCUGGCUCUCGGUGCUGUUGCAGAAGGCUGUAUGGAUGUCGUUACUCCACAUCUGCCUGAUCUGGUCCCCUACCUGAUCUCGCUUUUGGAUGAUGAUGAACCUUUAGUUAGGCAAAUCACCUGCUGGACUCUUGGUAGAUACUCUGCUUGGGGGGCUGGGCUUCAAGAUGCAAAUGCUCGAGCGCAGUAUUUUGAGCCUAUGAUGGAGGGCAUUUUGACAAAGAUGUUGGACCGCAAUAAGAGGGUGCAGGAAGCUGGAGCCUCGGCAUUCGCACAUCUCGAAGAGAAAGCGGGUGCCAACCUUACGCCAUAUUGCAAACCAAUCAUCCAGCAAUUCGUCAGGUGCUUUGAGAAAUACAAGGACCGUAACAUUUUCAUUCUUUACGAUUGCGUUCAGACAUUGGCCGAGCAUGUAGGGCAAGGCUUAGCACAAUCAGAACUGAUCGAUUUAUUGAUGCCAGCACUUAUUCAUCGAUGGCACAAAGUUUCUGAUCAAUCCCGAGAACUAUUUCCACUCCUAGAAUGCUUGUCAUAUGUCGCUACUGCUUUGGCGGACAGCUUCGCCCCAUUUGCCGCCCCCGUUUUCACGAGAUGUGUGAUAAUCAUCCACCAAAACCUACAGGAAUUCAUGGCAGCGGUUAACAAUCCAGGGUUAGAUACUCCGGACAAGGAUUUCUUGGUUACUAGUUUGGAUUUAUUGAGCGCUAUCAUCCAAGCAGUUGAUGAUACGCAAUCUGCAGCGCUCGUAUCCGACUCGCAACCCCAACUCUUCGAACUUCUCGUAUAUUGCAUGGAGGACCCAGAGAACGACGUCCGCCAAUCAUCCUAUGCAUUAUUAGGAGAUUGUGCAAAAUACGUGUUUCCACAACUACGACCAUUCCUACCCACGCUUCUCCCUGUGCUCAUUCGCCAGCUUGACCUUGAUUCCAUAGUUGACGAGCAGAUUGAGUCGACCUUUAGCGUGCUUAACAAUGCAUGCUGGUCUGCAGGUGAAGUUGCAAUUCAAUACCAAAAGGACAUGGCCCCAUAUGUGCCCAAACUGUCUGAAAAAUUCCUCGACAUGCUGUCCAAUCCAAUGGUACCAAAGUCGGUGAAUGAGAAUGCAGCGAUAGCUCUAGGACGAAUGGGUUUAUUCAAUGCUGAGAUCCUGUCACCCCACUUGGCUACCUUUUCCCAACCAUUUCUGAAGGCUCUCGAAGGUGUCGAUCAAACCCUGGAAAAGGCUACUGCUUUCAAGGGCUUUUUGUCGAUUGUUAUGUUAAACCCACAAGCCAUGGAAAAAAGUUUGGCCCAGUUUAUCACUGAGAUAGCAAAACACAGAAAGGAUGUUGAAGCUGGGAGUACGUGGAAUGCCGAAUUACAACAGGCAUUCCAACACGUCCUCGAUCUUUACAAAGGUCUGAUUCCAGACUUUAAUGCGUUUCUCCGCAAUAAUAUUUCCCCUGCAGCUAUCACAGCUUUGAGGUCAAUGUACAAUCUGUAA